UGUCAAUCAUAAUUUUCAUAAAAUUAAGUUCAGUUCAAUUAUAUUUUUAACUAAACUCCAAAAUAUAUUGAAAAUAAAACAAAAUAAAAUAAAAUAAGAGUUGUGAUUGAAACAUAAUUUGGCGAUGAUUUCAUACGUUUUAAAUCUCCGCAAUGGCAACCACUGAAAUUAUUAAAUCUGAUUUUUAUGGAGUAUACUUACUAUGCAGCGAUAGUGAAGAAAAGAAAUACAAUGGUAAAUGUUACAUUGGCUAUACUGUUAACCCAAACCGACGAAUAAACCAACACAAUCGUGGUCGGGAUUUUGGCGGAGCUAAAAAAACAUCCAAUAAAGGCCCUUGGAGAAUGAUAAUGAUUGUCUAUGGUUUCCCAAACAAUAUAUCUGCUUUGCAAUUUGAAUGGGCUUGGCAACAGCCAACACUCUCGUCCCGUCUUAAGUACAAUUUCGAAUUGAAGAGAAAAAAUAACAAAGAAAGUCAUCUGCAAUAUAAUUUUCGUAUUUUGUCUGUUAUGCUCGGAACUGGUCCUUGGAAUCGUCUGCCAUUGACUAUAAGAUGGCUUGAGACCAACAAAGAGAUGCCUUUUAAGUACCAACCGCCGAAACACAUGAAAAUUAUUGGUGGAAGAAUAAAAAUCGACAAACAAACGAAGAAAAAUGUGGAAGAACUACCCACUCAUAUGUGGGCUUUAGAAUGUCAUCUUUGCAUGAAGCCAAUCGAAAAUCCAGAAAGAUCCCGAAUUGGUUGUUUGAAUGCUAAAUGCAAAUUAACCUGCCACAUUGUCUGUAUGGCAGAACAUAUGUUAACGUCGAAUGAACCUCAUAAGGGACAUUACAUCCCAAUCGAAGGAGAGUGCCCUAUGUGUGGAGAGAGGGUGAUUUGGAUGGAUUUACUUAAGAAUCGAAAUAAUAUCGUUUCAGAAGAAAUUGAAUAUGAUUUCGCAGAUCUUGUUGAACUAGAUGAUGAUGAUGUACAAUUUUAAACUCAUUUAUAACAAUUAUGUCACGUUAACAAUAAAUUAAACUUUUUAAGAAAGAAUAUAUGUAAAAAUAAUAAAUCAAAAAAGGAGAUAUAUAAAGUCGACGAGUAUAGACCUAUCUCGUUAUUACCAUGUACUUAAACUAUUCUGGAAAAGGUACUAGACAAGCGUCUUCUCUGGUAUCAAAAUCUUUAAAAAACCGAAUGAUGUUAAGGCGCCAGUUAUAGCUAUCAUUGAAAUCGAUCCGGAAAAAUGUUUAUAUCGAUAUUUGACGGUGUUUUCCUUUGAUUAGAAAUAAAAAUU